AUGAGAGGGAAUCGUCCUGUGGAGUUGCCAGAGGACUUCUGGAUCCCUAUCCCUUUGGACACCAACAAUAUCACAUCCCUCAGCCCGUUCCUGGUUCCCCAGGAUCACCUAGGUAGCAUGGGGAUCUUUUAUGCCAUGUCAGCCUUUAUGUUCUUUCUUUUUGUAGCUGGCACAGGCAUCAAUGUCAUCACUAUUGCGUGUACUGUUCAAUAUAAGAAGCUCCGAUCUCACCUGAACUACAUCUUGGUGAACUUGGCUGUGGCAAACCUCCUCGUCUCCUCCGUGGGCUCCUUCACCUGCUUCUACUGCUUUGCCUUCAGAUACAUGAUUCUUGGACCACUGGGAUGCAAGAUUGAAGGAUUUACAGCAACUCUUGGUGGUAUGGUGAGCCUGUGGUCUCUUGCUGUGGUUGCUUUUGAAAGGUGGCUGGUUGUCUGCAAGCCACUCGGGAACUUUGCCUUCAAGUCUCACCAUGCUAUCGCUUGCUGCGCAAUGACUUGGGUCUUUGCUUUGUUUGCUGCAGUUCCUCCUCUGGUUGGAUGGAGUAGGUAUAUCCCAGAGGGCAUGCAGUGCUCCUGUGGACCGGACUGGUACACAACAGACAACAAGUUUAACAAUGAGUCCUAUGUAAUGUUCCUCUUCUGCUUCUGCUUUGCUGUCCCUUUCGCUACCAUCGUCUUCUGCUACUCACAGCUGCUUAUCAUGCUGAAAUCGGCAGCGAAGGCCCAGGCUGAGUCAGCCUCCACCCAGAAAGCAGAGAGGGAGGUGACCAGGAUGGUGGUCGUCAUGGUGCUGGGCUUCCUGGUGUGCUGGAUGCCUUACGCCUCCUUUGCUCUUUGGGUUGUCAACAACCGAGGGCAACCGUUUGACCUGAGACUGGCGACCAUACCCUCCUGCCUCUCUAAAGCCUCCACAGUCUACAACCCUGUCAUCUACAUCCUCCUCAAUAAACAGUUCCGCUCAUGUAUACGGAAGAUGCUGGGGAUGAGUGGAGGAGAUGAUGAGGAGUCAUCAACAAGUCAAUCAGUGACUGAAGUCUCCAAAGUUGGACCUGCUUAGAUCAUUUGCGGUUAUGACUGGAAAAUUGUAAAUAGCAUCGAAUGGACAAAUAAUUUCACAAAUUUACUGAUAUUAUUCUUACAAGUGCAGAUGAAAAGUUAUAUGCAAAGAAAAAUGUAAAAAAAAAAAAAAUACAGUAAAAAAAUAAAGGUGUUCAGUCCGAAAAUAUUGCUUUUGAAGAUGUGUGCUGUUGAAGCGAGAGGAAAAAUGACAUGUUAAGACGGAUAUUUAAGGACUGAGGUCAAGAAACCCAUACUGAGUAAAUAUUUGAAAGCAAAUACUUCUAAUGCCGUAAACAUCUUUGUGAAUGACUUUUAAAAGAUGUGCUGCAUUUGUUGUAUGAGGUUUCAUGUAUGUAUAUAAAAACUGCUGUCUAAUAGAGAAUAAAUUAACAGGUGACCAACAAGUUUGAGAAAUGAUUACUCACAAUAUGAAAACUGCAACACCCAUCAGAUAGUAGAGAUUAAUGGGAUAUAUUUAGGAAAAGUAAAGUACAUACAGUGCAGUUGGUGUUUUCC